AUGGUAACCAGGAUUGCCGAGAUGGUCAGCAUUAUUGCCUGGAUGGCCAAUUCUGCGGUUGGAACUCCGCGAAAAGUGAAGAGCGGCCUCACGUGGAGUGAUCGAGUGGUAACGGCCCGAGGAGAUCGAACUGGUUUUAACGUGCAGCGGGGUCAGGUUAAGGGGUUUCGAGGAAGAUGCUGUGCAAAGCCUGCGAAAGGAGUUUCCCGGCAAAUCGGUUGGACUAAGUAUCGCCACGUGGAUCACACCGACUGGAAUGCUGACAAUGCGUAUGACACGGAGGCGAUCGACGUGGAGGGGGAUGCGAGGGAGGGCCCAGGGUUGGGCGAAGAGCGAAUGCUGCAGCGACUGGUGGAGAGGAAGGUGCUCACCUCGCUCAUUGCUGCACUGGGCUGGCGCUACCCCGAUGCUGUGCUUCAAGCCAUGCGGUUGAUGAUGGUAGAGCAGCUGAUGCAGGAGCUCAGGGAGGGGCCCACCCGCACCAACCGCACUGCACUGCUGGAAACAGAUGCCAGAGAAGGUGCUGGCAGCGGCGCUGGUGCUGAUGCUGGUGCUGGUGCUGAUGCUGGUGCUGAUGCUGGUGCUGAUGCUGGUGCUGAUGCUGGUGCUGAUGCUGGUGCUGAUGCUGGUGCUGAUGCUGGUGCUGAUGCUGGUGCUGAUGCUGGUGCUGAUGCUGGUGCUGAUGCUGGUGCUGAUGCUGGUGCUGAUGCUGGUGCUGAUGCUGGUGCUGAUGCUGGUGCUGAUGCUGGUGCUGAUGCUGGUGCUGAUGCUGGUGCUGAUGCUGGUGCUGAUGCUGGUGCUGAUGCUGGUGCUGAUGCUGGUGCUGAUGCUGGUGCUGCCAGUGUGGCUAGCAGCACAAGCAGCAGUGGCUCCAAGUCGGGUGCAGCGGGCAGCAGCUGGCUGGCGCCAGACGUGGUGGUGUACAAUGCUAUCCUGAAUGCCUGUGGGGCGAAGCGGCAGUGGAAGGGCGUGCAGUGGGUGCUGCAGCAGAUGCGCAGCGAGAGGGUCGCUCCUGAUGCAGCCACGUUUGGCUUGGCCAUCCAGGCCCUGUCACUGUGCGGUCAGACCCAUCUCGCCCUGCAGCUGCUCGCUGAUAUGGAGGCGGCUGGCUUCCCCCCCACCGUCCAAACCUACAGAGACCUGGUGCGGGCACUGGCAGCAGCGGGGCGGGUGGAGGAGGCAGAGGCGGCAGUGAGGGAGAUGCAGGAGCGAGGAAUGGAGGGCAACGCAGGGGUGUUCCACUCCCUUGCAUGCGCGCUCUGCUCUGUGGGACGCUGGCGCGAUGCUGUUGCUCUGGGGAUGGAGGGCAACGCGGGGGUGUUUCACGCCCUUGCAUGCGCGCUCUGCUCUGUGGGACGCUGGCACAAUGCUGUUGCUCUGGUGGAGAAGAUUUCGCGGGCAGAGGAUGCGCAGCCACCAGUGGUGACGUGGACAGGCCUGAUUCGCGCGUGCGAGCGAAGCAACCGAUUGGACGACGCGGCCUGGGUUUUCCGGGAGAUGCAGGUGCAGGGGUGCACCCCCAACAUCACCACCUGUAACAUCAUGAUCACUGUCUUUGCCCGCACGGGCAGGUUCGCGGCUGCGGAAGAAAUUUACGCCGCUGCCCGGAGGAGGCUGAUACGAGAAGGGAGAUUGCCAAGAGAGGGAAAGGUGGGGGAGGGAGCAAAUGAGGUUGGGGCUGGGGAAGAGGGGGAAGAGGAUGAGUUGGAGGGGGUAGAUGACGAAAUGGAUGCCAUUGGUGUGACAGGAGAGAGCGAGGAGGAGAAGAGGAAGGAGGAGAAGGAGGGGGAGAAUGGGGAGGAAAACUGGGAGGAGGAUGGGGAGGAGGAGGAGAACGCAGGCGAGAGGGUAUGGUUGGGGAAGAGGCGGGAGGAUCCUCCCUUAGUGCCCAACAGCCACACGUUCUCUGCCAUGCUGGGUGCGUGCGUGCGAUGCCGGCAGUGGCAGGCCGUGAGGCAGGUAGCACGGGACAUGCAGCGGGCGGGGUGGGCGCUGCAGGUGCGGCAGCACGGAUGGGUGGUGGAUGCCCUGUUGAAAGGCAAACAGACAGCGAUUGCUGAUGAGCUAUUGCUUGCCAUGCGAGGGGACUCGCAGUCGCACACACCAGCAGGGAGCCGGAGUAGGGGUUCUGUGGAGCGAGAGGGAGUGGCAGCUGCUGGGGGUUCUGGCGUUGGCAGCAGCAGCCAGGAAUCCAAUCGCGUUAGCAGCGGUAUCGUUGGCAGCAGUCGAGAGUUAAGUCGUGACAGAGCAGGGCUGUUGGGUCAGGAUUAUGGUGGUGUGGGGCAGGAGGAGAGUUCUCCUGGGGUGGAUGGGAGCAUGGGCGAGGAGGAGCAGAGGAAGGCAGCUGCACGGCAGCAGCUUGAGUUGCUGUCGUCUCAUGCGCCGCUGGAUGGCUUUGCUUGGCGUUAUGCCGUGGCGUCGGUGGGCGGGGGACUGACGGGGGCUGGAGUGGAGGAGACUGUGGGAGUGAUGGACGCUUGGGGGAGGGCUGUGGAGGGAAAGGCUUUGGAGGAGAAAUCUUUGGAGGAGAGGGGGGUUGAAGGGGAGGUGGUGGGAGGGGAAGGCGGAUAUGGGGUUGUGACAGGUGCUGAUAUUUCAGGAGAUGUUGAGUCAGGGUGUGCUGAGUCAUCAGGUGUUGAGUCGUCAGGGGUAAAUACACAGGGAGGAGCAGAGAAGGGGGCAGAUGCUGGAACACAAUCAGACGCUGCCGCAAGUGGUGCUGCUGAUGCUGCUGCAUCUGCUGCUAACCCUGAAACUGCUCCAACUGCAACCCCUGAAGCCUACCCUGCAUCGUCCCCUGCAGUGGAUCAUGGUGUGCUUGCCGACCUUGUAAGGGGGCUGCUUAUAGGGGGGAAGAAGGAGGAGGUACAGGUGGCGUUGCGAUUGUCUGGUUCUAUGAUGUUUUACGAAUUGGCUAUUUAUCCGGUUCAUCCGCGUCGUCCCUACGUGUCAUCCGCGUCGUCCGUCCGUGUCAUACGCGUCUACGUGUCAUCGCGUGGUCCGUACGUGUCAUCCGUGUCGUCUGUACGUGUUAUAUUGUCGUCCGUGUCAUUGCAUUCCAUCGCGUUCCACCCACUUCCCCCUCGCAGCGCUCGCCCCAUCCCCGUGGCCAACCUACCGCUGCACGCGGCGCACUGCGAGACGCGCCUGCUCUUCAUGUCUGUCGUGCUCUACUUUUCCCGCUUUUACGCUUUCCCCACUUCCCAUUCUCCCCACCUCAGCGCUCGCCCCAUCCCCGUCGCCAACCUACCGCUGCACGCAGCGCACUGCGAGACGCGCCUCGUGCGCUGCGAUGGGUGCGACGAGAUGGUGGCCAGUGCCGCCAUGGACCAACACGUGGCAGCCGUGCACGCUCCGGCACCCUGCUCGCUGUGUGGGGAGCCCAUGGAGCGUCGGCUCCUGCCAGAGCACGAGGCGUCAGCGUGCCCCCUGCGCUCCCUAAUCUGCGCCUACUGUGAUCUUCCUGUCACAGCCAUGGACCUCCAACCCCACACCGACGUGUGUGGUAGCCGCACAGACCGGUGUGAGAUAUGCAGCAAGUACGUGCAGAAGAGGGAUCAGGUAGCGCAUCAGCAGCAGCACCUCCUGCAACCAUCAUCACUCCAUGCCGCCACUCCCAUUGCGAGCAGCAGAGAUGGCACCAGAGCAGGUUCAUCUCACAGCACUCGCGAGUCUCACAACAUUUCAAAUGGUUUAUCUGGUAGAUCGCCUGGGAGUGCUGCGCGUGGUGGUGCUAGCAGUGGUGAUGGUGGGUCUGGAGGAAUAGGGAGGUACUGGCAGCUGCUUGUUCCUGUAGGGUUUGUGGUGGUGGGUGUGGCCUUGGCACUGGGUGUAAGGAAGAGAAACAAGCUGUAG